ACGCCAGAUGUUAAAGGGAUUUUUUGGCUUCAAUUUUCUAGUCACUACUGAAUACAAUGUACACACUUAUCGUUCAGUGAAAUAACGUGUUUGCAAAGAUUGACGAAUUCCGAUAAAAUUGUGCUUUUAUUUAGGAGCAACACGUCGGAAGUGACUAUAGAAUUCAAGAAAAAUAAGCUCUUUCCUCGAUGUCCGACCUGCCAGACGUCGAUCUGAAUGUUUAGAACUGCUCUUAAAAGAUUUCAGAACAAAUGGAAAUCCUACAGACACAGGUUUGUACCUUGGGUGGUACUGAACCUGUCUAAAAAUGAGAACACUUUGCGGCAUGUGACCGAGCGCUCGAAGGACAAACUGGUCCCGGAUGAGGAGGUGUCAAAGAGCCUGCUGCAGCUCUUCAGAGUCCUGCUCAGGAGCCAUGUGGCGGAUCAUGAGGAGCUCCUAGUUCUUCAAACUCGCUUUCUCGGACAAAUAACAAGUGAAGAAGACCAGUGUGGAGCAAAGGCAGUGUGUGGAGAUGAUGCCAUGUUACAGUCACUGGGAUUCUGCCUUGACCGGAAACCGAGCUCUUUACCCUUUGCAGGCACUGGAGUGUUUGUCACCAAAGGAUGUGUCUCCAAAGGGGCUGCAGUGGCGAUGUACCCUGGCACAGUCUAUCAAGCCUAUGAGCCAAUUCUCCUCCAGUCCAUCAGAAACCCGUUUAUAUUCAGGUGUAUUGACGGUGUCUUGAUUGAUGGAAAUGACAAAGCCAUCUCCAAAAUGGUGUUCAAGUCAUGCAGUGGCAGGGACAGAAUGGGGCCUUUCAUGAUGAGUGACACCAGCUGGCUGACAUCCAGACCACAAAACCCACUUGCUGUUGGUCAGUAUGUGAACAACUGCUCCGACGAGACGCCUGCUAAUGUGUGCUACCAGGAAUACGACGUACCGGACAAUUUCCCCAUCCAGCUCUGCCAGUAUCUGCCUAAUGUCAACUACAGCCAUGACACACAGAGGCCUCUACGCUGUGUUGUCCUUGUAUCACUCAGAGACAUUACAGCAGGCGAGGAACUCUUCUCCAACUACUACACCAUCGUGCAUUAGAUUCAAAGUACACGCCACUGUUCUGCUUUGGUGUCAGAAAACAGAAGAAAGUGUACUUUUUUUUAUCGUUUGUCUUGCUUAAAAGAAGAAAUGCAAAUACAAAACUCUCUUUGUACACUAACAUUGUUCUGUAAUAAAGGUAGAACAUACCUUGUAUGGAGUACUGUAAUAUGCAAGACAUUAAACUGCUCUUAUUUGA